UCUCCGACCGAAGAGUAGUCUUGCUGUUCCAAUGGAAGAUACGUCCAAGUUACCGUUGCCGGAAGCUUUCCUUAGUUUCCUUAAGACUAACGGCCUCGACCCAUCGAUCUACACCGAUUCGUAUUCGCUUCCACGUUAUAUAAGGUUGAAACCUGGGUUUGAAGACUGUGUCCAAGAGAUCGAAUCCGAACUUAGCUGUAAACUCGAGAAGUUGGAUUGGUUACCUGGUUUUUACUCUAUUCCGCCCGAUGUUCAUAUCGCUAGUUCCCAGGCCUAUCAGCUAGGUAAGAUGUACGGAAUUGAUGCAGCAUCUGGUGCCGCUGUCUCAGCUCUGGAUAUAUCCCCUGGAGACCAUGUCCUGGAUCUUUGUGCUGCUCCUGGUGCUAAACUAUGUAUGAUGCUGGACCUCCUCGGUGGGAUGGGUUCAGCGACAGGUGUUGAUGUGGCAAGGCAUCGCCUAGCUGCCUGUAGAACGAUGCUUCAAAAAUAUGGGCUAGGUGACAGGUGCCGGCUUUUUGUCGCUGACGGGACAUCAUUCUCAGUUGCACCUGUCAGAACUCAAUCAUGUGAGUCAAAAUUGGACGGUCAAGAGAAGACAUUCAGGGAGUGGACGUCCAGGAGACCCUACAAAGAAAGGAAACAAGAGGCUAAAGCAAGGAAAAAUUCUGUCUUGCAGUGGAAUGGACAACCGGAGAUUAUCUUCUACGGGCGGAAUUCAGGAGUUAUCGGGCUAAGAAAGGAAGAACUUUUUGAAUCUCUUUGUGAUAAUGGAUACAGAAGUUGCGGGUAUGACAAGGUUCUGGUGGAUGCAGAGUGCACACAUGAUGGAUCAAUCAAGCAUAUCCAGAAAUUUGAGCAGUGGGGUUGGGCAACGUUUGAACGUCGCGUUCUAGACGCUGAGAGGACGGAUAGAGACUUGACCGCUCUGCAGUUAAAGCUGCUGAGAAAUGGUUUCAGAUUGUUGAAAGCUGGUGGCACUCUAAUAUACAGCACUUGCAGCUUGACACUCGCCCAGAACGAAGACGUGGUGGAUCUGUUCCUUGCAGAAAAUCCCUCUGCAGAACUGGGGGAGAUUGAAGCGUCGAGAGACUGGCCGUGUACAAGUGGCAGGAUACCCAAAACGCUGCGUUUUGAUCCUUAUACCUCGGGAACCAGCGGUCUCUUCAUUGCAAAGAUCACAAAAGUGUAGGAUCCGAUGCUUAGCCAAUGCAGUUGUAAAACAAAACAAUUGAUGGAUGGAUGGAUGUUUCUGUUUAUCACAAAAGCAAUUGAGGAAUAUG